AUGGCUCUUGCAAAAUUAUUUAAGCCAGAUAAAACGCCACCAACUCCCUUGGAGGAAGAGAUCGCCAACACGCUUGUUGAUCUUCAGUCGCAUGAGGAUAUGUCGGAAUCGGUCAAAAUGUUGUAUUUUUGUGGUGCCAAGGAAUUUUCUAUUGGCCACGAAAAAGCCAUCGUUGUUUAUGUUCCAGUGCCCCAAUUAAGAACCUACCACCAACUGCACAAUCGCUUGGUCGGGGAGCUUGAAAAGAAGCUUCGUGGCCCUCAGGUAUUUAUUUGUGCAUUCAGGCGUAUCCUGCCGAAGCCACGCAGAAAAUGCAAGACUAACCCCAAGCAAAAAAGACCAAGGAACCGCACUUUGACUUCCGUCCAUCAGGCAAUACUGAGGGACAUUGUUUAUCCUGCCGAAAUUGUCGGCCAACGUACCCAGGUUAAAAUUGAUGGUAGCUCUCUUAUUAAGUGCCAUCUCGAUAUUGCCCAACGGAAUUAUGUUGAGCAUAAGUUAAAAACCAUUACCGGUCUCUACAAGAAGCUCUCUGGCAAAGAUGUGGCGAUCGAAUUUCCAGAUUGGGUUUUGUAG